AUGCCUCUCCUCGGCGGCAAGGGCAACAAGUUCAAGGUUGAUCCGCCCAAGAUCAGGAUCGAAAAGGUUGUUGUCGAACGUGCCCCGGCUCCGAGCAAACCCAGGCCGAAACCUCGCCCCGGCCCGGCCUCUGCUGGAGCCUCCUCGUCGUGCUCGUCACCCGCUCAUCGUCCCUCGCCGAAACCCCCGUCGGUCCGCCACACCAGUCACUCGCCCUAUCCUUCAUCGUCUGACGAAAAGCGCCUUGAUCGGAAACGCAAGUCUGGCACUGUCUCCUCAACGGGGCUUUCCCCCGCCAGUGAGCGUAUAAGGUUCGACAAGGACAGCGACGCCGAGGACGAUGGCUGGAUGGACUUGGAUACCCGCAAGAGGCAUCGCAGAGCCACCUCCGAGGAUAAGUAUCUAGAUUCCAACCGCAACCUGAGAAACUUUCGCGCUUUCGAGGGACGCAACGACAAUCUGAAAUUCGUCCACGCUGUCGAGGUUGCCUCGCUGGAAGAGAAAUGCGUCCCUGUCAUGGGUGCGCAGAAGGAGGAUGUUGCCAUAGAGUUGCAGUACCCCAGCCUGCAGCCCAGAGAAAAGUACACCCUCCCAUCUCGCUUGUCUCCUCAGCCACUCCCGUUCCCCGUAAGAGUCAUACGACUGAUCGGUUCUUCUAGGUUUGAGCUGGUCUGGGGGAAGGACAAGAUAGACGCCGUUGAGGCUAGCGUAAGAAUCGUUCGCCAUGUCGCCGAAACCUAUCUCACCGAAGAGGAAGCCGAACCAUUCACCAAUCACAAUACCGGUCUUAUUCGACGUCUGGAAAAGGCGUCAAAUCGGAAUAUCCAAGAUUUGUCCGGCUUCAAAGCUGCGCUUCACGAGUACAACAAGACUCUGCUAGCAAUGGUCGAGGACGGCAUCAUUGCCAAAAACCUUGAUCAGAUGCACGAACUCCCACGACAAUUUGUGGCUUUUAUUCUAGACCAAGUCUAUGAUCGGACCGUCGCUCCCAAAGUCGAACUGCUGUCGAAAUAUGAAAAUGGCACCGACUAUGUCUACGGAGAACUCCUGCACCCGUUCAUAUCAAAGCUUCUAGUUGAACAGACCAAAAUGACGUCGGACCAAGUUUUUGUCGACUUGGGGUCCGGAGUCGGAAACGUCUGCCUACAGGCUGCACUGGAAAUCGGAUGUGAAAGCUGGGGUUGCGAAAUGAUGGAAAAUGCCUGCAACCUAGCCGAUGCUCAGAUCAAAGAGUUCGAGGCCCGAUGUAUGCUGUGGGGGAUCAAGCCUGGUAAGGUUCACCUAGAGAGAGGUGAUUUUCGUAAAAAUGCCGCCAUACACGAAGCCCUGAAGCGAGCCGAUGUUGUACUCGUCAACAACAAGGCCUUUACGUCUCAGUUGAACGACGACUUGGUGCGCAUGUUCUUGGACUUGAAAUCGGGCUGCAAGAUCAUUUCGCUCAGGUCCUUCGUGGCCGACUUCAAGAGUAGCCACAACAUCAAUGACGUCGGUAGCACCAUUCUUGAUGUGGAGGAGUGUAUAUAUCCCGAGGGCUUUGUUAGUUGGACGAAUGCUGGUGGACCAUAUUUCAUCUCCACACGCAAGUAG